GAAGGCAGUUGCGACCUGAGUGGUGGUGAUCGAUUUGAAUGCGGAUGGCUUGGAAUAGAUGAAGCUACCUGUCUCAGGAGAGGGUGUUCCUGGAACAGCAGCGAACCUGACACUACCUUCUGUUUUGUAAAGAAAUACCAAGGUAAGUAAAAAUGGUCAGAUAAAAUAAAUCAUUAUUUGUAAUAGUUGUUAUUGAUCAUUGGGAUCAAUUUAGGCUUCUGGGAAAAUGCCCACCUAUCCCUCCCCUAAACCAACAUUAACGCUUACUUCUCGAUUAUUUCAAAAUGUUGGCUUAGGGAGGGGUAGGAGGGAAGUUUCCCAGAAACCUAAAUUGAUGGAUAUGGAAGAGUUGUACUGAGUUUUAAUGUAUUUCCAUUUACAGUCAUUCCAGAAGGACUUUGCCCUAUUGCACCUUCAGAACGAGAGGAAUGUGGAUAUUUUGGGAUUAAAAAGCUCGAGUGUUUGGGAAGGUCUUGUUGUUGGGACGAAUCAGUGAAAAACACUAAAUGGUGUUUCAAAACAACCCAGUAAGCAAUAAAUUGCAUUGUAUACAAGAAGAAAGCGGAAAAAAAUAUAUACUACUAAGAGAAGAAUGAGAAAAAGGUGAAGGAGUGCAUAAGAGUAAGGAGAAGGAGGAGGAGGAGAAAAAAUAGGAAAAGAAAGAGGAAAAGUGGAGAAGGAGAAGAAGAAGGAGAAGGAGAAGUAAGAAAAGGGAGGAGAAAGAUAGAACGAGAGAAUUAACGCGAUGAAGAAGGGGUGGAAGGUGGAGGGGAGGAAUCCCGGGUGGGAGUAGGGGUGCACUCCCAUGAACUUUGGAUAGGAAUGUGCUGCCCUGGGUGUGACCCUUAGUACGGAUGAGACAAACGAAAACUGACCCUUAUUUAAAUCCCAAACCUGAAAAUGAGACCCAAUUCAAGGGUAAAUUAUCCCUUUAAACCCUAACAUCAUAAUUCAAAUUCUCAUUUGUUAUCCCUAUACGUUUUCAAAAGAAGAAGUAGGGAGAAUUUGUUGAAGUAUCAAUUAGAUUCAUUUUGUGUGAUCAUGUCCUUAAUUCUCAUGACCACUCUGUUCUAUAAAGUAGUGAUGUUACAUGGAGAAAUUUGACGCUGAUCACUCUUAGGGCUUAAAGGGUUAAAGACUAAGAAUUUAAUGGAAAGAAGAUAAAGUUCAGAUUCAACAGAUGAUUUAUUUCUCGUGUAGCUGGGCAUUUUGGUACCCUGUCUAAAGAUCACACCAGGAACACAAAGCCAACAAGGGCAAAACUGAUACUUUAAUUAAGGAUGGAGACCAUCAAGAACCAUGUCCUAUAGGCCGACACAUACCUAAAAUUAAAGGCAAGGCUGAUCGGACAGCCAAGGGUUGAUAACUUACAAAUUUCAGUUUUGAGACAAAACUAGUCCUCAUCAGGGGCUAAAAAACUAAGAUAUGCAGCCCAUAUAUGGGAGUCCCCCGCGCGGGGAACUCCCAUAUAGAGGUGGGGGAGGAGGAGGAAAAAGAGAACGAUGAAGAAAAGGAGAAGGGGGAGGGGAGGAAGAGAGGGGCAAAGGAUGACGGGAAAGGAUCAGGAGAAAGAGGUGGAGAAAGAGAAAGAAAAGAAGGAGCAGGAACAGCAGGAGGAGGAGUUUAUUUUUAGAAUCCCAAUUUCUCUAAAUUUCUCAUAAUUUAGACCAAACCUUCCUUCCCACUGCCGUUGCAAACAGUUGCACUGUAAUUUUUACCCCGAUUUUACAAACCUAAACCUAGACUAAUUUGCUUUCCCCAAGGCGGUCUUUUUUUUUCGAAAAAAACAACAACAGGAAAAAACGGGAUUCCACUUUACGAAAGUUUCUAACGGUGACACGGAAUUGGGUUUCGGCUGCAUUUUCACGCCCUAUAUUCGUCGUCUUGCGUUCCAACAUUUGACAAAUUGAACGCCAUAAAAAAGAGCGAUAAAUUUUGAGGCAGCGAGAAAUCACUUUCUACCCUUACCAAACCAUAUGUAUUUUGAAACUGAUUUUAAAGUAUUUAAAAUGUAUUUUCAGUAUUUGAACACUAUUUUACUGUAUUUUAAUCCUGUUUGACAAAGAAAUUUAAAUUUUCCCCCCUGUUUGAAAUAUAUCUUGAGUGUAGUUAAAUUGUAUUUCAUGAAAACGAAAACCUCUCUCAUCAAUUUACAAUGUAUUUUGUUUAAUAAAUAUGAUUAAAAUAGGGUAUUUAAAAUGUAUUUUGGGCAUAGAACCACCAACAUUGUUACAAACAGAGUUCAAAUAGACUAUUUGAAAUCUGUUUUAACGGCUUUUAUGCUGACUGUAUUUAAAAACUUUUAAAUAGGGUACUUUAACACUGUUUUGAGUUGUAUCUAAAAUGUAGUUUUAGACGCAUCCACUCACAAAGUUACAAACAUAGUUCAAAUAGACUAUUUGAAAUAUGUUUUAAGAGCCUAAAUGCUGACCGUAUUUUAAAUCCUUUUAAAUAGGGUACUUUAACACUGUUUUGAGUUGUAUCUAAAAUGUAUUUUGAGACUCAUCCACUCAAAAAGUUACAAACAGAGUUCAAAUAGACUAUUUGAAAUAUGUUUUAAAACCUUAAGAACUGACCGCAUUUUAAAUACUUUUAAAUAGGGUACUUAAACACUGUUUUGAGGUAUAUUUGAAUUGUAGUUUGGGCACACAACACUCUGACUAUAAAAACAGAUAUACAUAAACUAUUUUAAGUCUGCUUAAAGACAUCAAAUGCUGACCUUACUUUAAAUACUUUAAAGUACUUAUUACUUAUUAUUACUGAGGUGCGAUAUUGUAAUGUACUUUGGGAUACUCAGACUAUAAAAGUAACAAUUGCACAAAGUUAAUUUUUAAGCCUUCAUAGUGUCACGAACUCAUAAAUGACUCAAAACAAGCUGUCACAUAUUGUAGACCGGAUUCUCUUCUCAACAAAGUUCGAAGCUGAACGAAAAAUUAAAUCUAAAUUAAAUAAAAAAAGAGAAGAAAGUUAGGAAUAGAUUUUAGCUUUGACUGACAACACGUAGCUGUGACAGAUAGUGUGCCGACAAGAGAUCAAUCCGUUCCUCAAUGUUCAUUACCUGCAAGCUCUCUGCGAAUAUCUCCUCGUAGAUUUUAGCCGUGAUUCAAUUAAUGCAGUUACGGCAUUCCAUAAGUUUUUUAAAAGAAACUUCUUAAAAUCUCAUUUUAAUGGAAAUUUUUCACAAACAGCCGAGGCCGCGGGCGCGAGAACCGGAUGCACGCAGUCAACAGAGGUUUAUCUAAAAUAAGCCCUUGAAAUUACAUAAUAAAUAAAUUAUCCAAGCUAAGAUCUCACCUCGUAUAUAUUGCAUCAAGAAACAAAGCUCAGAUCUGAAUAACUCCGACAUAUGGUUAUCUUUCUCUCAUAGAUUAUUCCGUACAUGCAUAGCAUAUUAUUUCUGAGAUGUCACGCGCGACUGAAAUCACGACUUCGCGCCGCGGUGAUGUGCCAAACGCACGUGAUAAACAAACCGUCCUUUGUCCUUUGCUCAUUUCAAAUUAUUGAACCGGCGGUUACCGUGAUUGCGGGUGCGCUUGACUUUACUGUUUGUUACGAUCUUACAAAAGUACAUUUCAACUCUGCGGAUUGUCUGAACACGUAGAUGUUGCUUUUAUCACGAAUCAAAAAUGGGUAUGACUCCUCAGCGACUGCUAUGUACUUUGAAAGGUUCUGGUUCAGGUUCUAUUCGAAGCACGCUGUCUUAUGUGUUAAUCCAAGAGUCUUCUCUCAUGUGAGUAUUAUAACAUGUUACUAAGACGCGUAAGUAUACGCCAUAUGAGAAACAAAUGAAGGGUAGUAAACAUUUAUAUACUCCCGCCUGUACGGCAAGUUUAGUUUUUACAGGGUUCCAUGCUCAUCCUGGCUGUGUUGCAUGAAUGAUCUCAGUCACUUGAUGUCACGCUCUUUCAUUCUCGCGUAAAUUUGAUGGUGUUAUUCUUAUGUUGUUCUUUAUCAGCCAAUAAUUAAUGUUCAGGCGUAGCCUGCAAGCUUCUGAUAAUACUUGAGUAAAGCUGUGAAUAUAAUAAAUAAUGUAAGUUACAUGUAUGUAGAUUAUUAUUUACCGGUAACGUCAGUAACGCAAACCCCUUUUGAAGCUGAGGAUUGAUAGCAUGUGUACAGACCCCCUCCCCUCCGAUGUUUAUUGAGGGGAGGGGGUCUGUACACAGGCUAAAGAUUGAUUUCAGCAUUUCUGAAAAAUUCUGUAAGAAUUUCCCGAGAAUACGUAGGGAAAUCAACGUAAAGUCAUCGGCUAAGAGAUAAUUCUCGUGAAGUCCUGGCCUAGGACUGUGUGGAGAAAUUUCGCAGAGGUAAAUCUUGCUUUUUCAGGGUAAUUUUCGACGGUUAUGUAGUCAUUUUAUUUCAUGAAUUUAAAUGGUAUUUCCAUCCUGUUUUUGUACUGUUUUUAUGCUCUUUCGACCGAUUUUUGUACUGUUUUCAGACAACUCUAAGGCUAUUUUCUUACAAUUUUAUCCUGUUUUUGCAUUUUUGCAUCCUAUUUUUGAUGUAUUUUCACAGUAUAUGCGUGCUGUAUUGCUUUUCUUCUUCUGUGUUAUUUUAAUACUAUUUUUCAAAGUAUUUUUAUUGUAUUUGCAAAUACGAGUAUUUUACUAAAUUUCGAGACCGAUUAAGGUAUCAGCCACCCUUCAGGACCGUCCGCGCGCGGAUGGCUGUAGCGUUAGUUGUUUUUAUAAAAACCCCUAUAAACCAUAUAUUUUUUAAAAGCUUAAUAAUUCCAGAUUAUGGAUUUGAACUAACAAAAACGAUUUACUUAAAUGUGUUUCGAAAUUGGAACGCUUUGUGUAAAAGUACACGUCUCUAUAAAUCAUGUUCCACUCCCGCCGGAAAUAAACGGAAGAAAACAAUUAAGAGUCACUGACUCCAAAUAUCGAGAAUCGCUGGACAGGUUCGAAAAAUCGAAAACCCUGAAACUUUGCCUCAAGAACGCUUUUAGGGAGCUAUCUUCGAAAAUGUUAUUCCGAUUUUCUAAGAAUUCAACGCCU